AUGUUUGGCUGUAUUGUCGCCGGACGCCUGGUGCAGACAAACUUGCAGCAGGUGGAUGUCAACAAGUUUACCUUCCAGUUGGACGAUGCAGAGGCGAUCAACCACAUUGUUGUCUUUCUCCUCGGAACCAUUCCCUUCCAGCACGGUUCCGCAGCCACCGUCCAUCUUUUAUGGCCCAACAAGACCUGGCAGCUCCUCGGCAUGUUGUCGAAUGAAAAGGCGAGCGCGAUCUUUCGUCUGAAGGCCAACGGAUCCAAAUCCACAGCACAACAAUCCACAACAGGAGCAUCUAUCAGCGACAUGUCCAUGGACAGCUCAUCGUCAACAACCACAUCAUCAACCACAGUACCCAUCACAGCAACCCUCGGUAUCUCCAUUGAACCUAUCGAUGUGGUCAUGAGCCAGAUCGCAACCCUCGCCUCCUCUUCCUCGUCAACAUCCACAGUACCCAGCAAUGCCCUCGUCCCUCUCUCUUCUAUCAACAACAGCAACACAGCUUCACCAGACUCUGUGGCAGCAAUUGCUCAAAAGGUGAUGAGUCACCUUUACAACCAUGUCACCUCAUUCGCGACAGCAGUAGUACCACAGGGAUCGACUGUGUUGGUACCGACAGGAGGACCUGGGUCAGCCAUGGGCGUGUUAGCGAACCAGGCAGAUAUGAGUUUCCUACCUGUGCGGGCAUUCAAUGACUGGUUCCAGAACGUGGUUCGCAAAGCCAAAGCUGACCCCAUGUUCCUGACUCGGGAGUGA